GCCCCCGGCGGAGCCCUCGGCGGCCCCGCCCGCGGUGCCUCCCCGCGCGGCCCCCCGGAAACAGCGCCCGCGCUCCGUCGGGCCGCCAUGGAGGAGGACGAGGCAGCGUGGAUGGAGCGGGCCUUCCUCAUGGCUCAGGAGGCGCUGGAAGUCGGGGAGGUGCCCGUCGGCUGCCUGCUGGUGUACGACGGCGCGGCGAUCGGGAAGGGCAGGAACGAGGUGAACGAGACCAAGAACGCUACUCGACAUGCAGAAAUGGUGGCAAUUGAUGAGGUCCUUGAGUGGUGCCAGCAACACAAGAAAGAUCACGAGGAAGUGUUUUCUCACUCGGUACUGUAUGUAACUGUAGAGCCUUGCAUCAUGUGUGCGGCUGCCUUGCGCUUGAUGAAAAUUCCACGAGUUGUAUAUGGCUGUCGAAAUGAGCGAUUUGGAGGUUGUGGCUCAGUUUUGAGCAUUUCCUCUGAUGAUAUCGCAGACACAGGAGAACCAUUUGAAUGCAUUGGUGGUUAUCGUGCCAAAGACGCAGUGGAGAUGUUAAAAGCUUUCUACAGACAAGAAAAUCCCAAUGCACCAAAAUCAAAAGUACGGAAAAAGGACAAUCGGAAGUAGUCCUACGGUGACAAGAGUUAGAGGUGCACCAAAACACGAUACGUGAAGUUUUCUUCGGUGUGUUUCUUUCUCAGAAUGUACAGUCAAAUAAAACUGUAUUAAAUGUGUUCUGUGAAGCGUUUCUACUAAUAAGAUGCUGGCUUUUCCUGCAUCUCUAUGUAUGUCUGUGAUUUUCUGUUAUUUUACAUUCCCAAACAGAAGAAUAAGUGACUGUUCAUGAGUGAGAGGAAAAUUCGCAGUCCAGGUUGCAUUGUUUACAGCCAGAUGGAUCCAUUAUAAUGAUGCCAUUCUGCACAGCACAUUCUAGAGUAUUUUAUUCCCUUCUGUCUGGAGAAGCAUCUUGCUUUUCAAAUGUUUGCUUAGGCAAGUAAGUAAAUCUCUUGGAAGAUUGCAUUUUAAAGACCUUCACAAUUUUUGUGCGUAGGUUGAGUCAAAAGGCAUGUAAGGCACAGGACAGUCCUUGAAGAUUUCAGAUAUGACCAUCGUAGCAGUUCUUUUUGAACACUUCCUCUAGCAUAAACCAGAUUUUCAAACAAGUUCUAUAAAGUCAUAUAGACUACAGAAACGUGUGCAAAAUUUGUAUAAGCUACUGCUAAUGAGCAUAAGCAAGCACUGUGUGGUUUUUCAGAAAGCAGGGUUUUCAUACAGAGUUGCAGAAAAUCUCUCAUGAAUAUUAGGAUAAGAAAUGCUUUAUUGUUAAGAAUCUGUUAAGAAGUUGCAGUUAUUCCCAGCUACUAAGUUGUAGUAACUGAAAUGGGCACAUACAUAGGAAAACAAGAAUGUGAAAUUGGUAAUAGUAAGAAUGAAAUAUCUGUGAGAUACUGCAUCUUUUCCUAGUGCUGGUUGGUUUUAUCUUUCCAUAUACUUUGCUUGGCCAUGCAGUAAUUUACAAUCCAGAAGAGGGCCUUACAGUUCCACUAAUGAAUUAAGAAUACAAGCCCAGUACAAUCUUGAUUAUAUUGCUCUUAGUGAAUACUUAUCUGUGGCUUAGAGUUGAUAUUUAGCAUUUUGAGAAAUGUCUUUUUUCUUUUUUAAUGUGAAACAGUGGUUAGAAUUCUGUAACUACAGAAGUCAAGUACAAUUAAACCUUUUGCAUAUUUCAAACAAGAAUGCUCAGAAGUGUGC